AUGCUGAGUUAUGUGAAGUUUUUUAAGAAUAUCCUUGCGAAAAAAAGAAAACUCGGGGAACAUGAAACAAUCACAUUAACGUAUGAGUGCAGUGCGUUAUAUCAGAAUAAUAUCCCCAAGAAAUUGAAGGACCCUGAAAGCUUCACGUUGCCCUACUCUAUUGGGCGAAAAGAAGUUGGCAACGCAUUAUGUGAUCUGGGAGCUAGCAUUAACUUAAUGCCAUUGUCAAUCUUUAGAAAGCUGAGAAUUGGUGAGGAAAGACCCACCACCAUAACCCUACAACUAGUAGAUAGAUCGAUAAUGCAUCCUGAAGGGAAAAUUGAAGAUGUACAUGUUCAAGUGGAUAAGUUUAUAUUCCUCACUAACUUCAUCAUUUUGGAUUACAAAGCAGACACUGACGUCCCUAUCAUCUCAGGGUGUCCAUUUCUUGCAACAGGUUGA